AUGCCAAACGUUGGAAGUCUGCCCGCGUCAGGGGCCGAAGCCGAGGACUUCAUCAGCAUCAGACCUGGACCAGACAUACCGGAGGGGUAUGUCGACCUGGACUAUGGUACCAGCGGGUACAGGGGAGUAGCUGACACACCGCCGAAUCACCUCGACCAUGUAGUAUACCGGUGCGGCGCCCUGUUGGCAGCUCUGCCGUUCCUGAGGAACUCCAAAAGCCUCUACAAUGUGAAGCUGUCCCUCGCCGGACCUCUCAGUAGUGUCGUGGUAGCCGGGAUUGAUCGCGUUCAAUCUGCCGGUGCUGUAAUCACUGCCAGUCACAACCACGCCACAGAAAAUGGAAUCAAACUGCUCGAGGCUGAUGGAAACAUGCUUGAAACUGCAUGGGAGAAAGAAUUCACGGCACUGGUGAACUUUAGGGGGCCGAUAUCUCAUGCAGUUGCACGGGUAUUGAAGAAGUAUGGUGUCGUACGCGUGCAACGAAACCGGGUGCCAUACACGAUCCUCGUAGGACACGACACCAGGGAAUCGAGCCCAAAGCUCGCUGCAAUCUUCAAGGCAGGCGUCGAGGCCAUGGCUGAUGUAAUGAGGCUGGAAAGGAUAACAUGCGUGGUGCUGGGAGCAGUGACGACGCCCACGGUAGGGUUCCUUCUCAACAACUCCCUACUCUCGGCUUCGAAUGAUGACAUGUAUGUGGAGGCAUUGAGGCGCUCUUUCCACGCUACGCUGGACUCCCUUGUUGCUCUAGGUUGCAUCAAAAGAUCUCUGAAAACUGACGCCCACCAAUCUCUUUUCUAUGACUGCUCUUAUGGAGUUGGGGGUAAUGUCGUCUACAAGCUAUUCGAGUGCUUGAGGGAAAUCGCAAUCAUUCCCCACCUCUGUCAUAGCCCUAUUUGGCUAGGGGAGCAAAUGCAACACAUGCUUAACCACGAAUGCGGGGCUAACUAUGUUCUGAGCGAGCAACGCCCGCCAGCGCUCGUAGAGAGUCGCAUAACCGUCUACGAAGACAAGUGGUUCUGCUCGUUCGAUGGAGAUGUGGACCGAUUAGUGUACUUCAGCCCGCACAAGGGAACGAUCCGCCUCAUAGACGGCGUUCGACUGCUCCUCAUCAAGAUGAAAUUUCUGAAUUUUGCAUUGUCUAACUGGGUCCGCGAAGGCGACGAAGUUCUAAAAGUGGGAGUCUUGCUAAAUCACUAUGCAAACGGUGCCGCUUUAAACUUCAUCAAGCAGCUAAUGACGGAGUGGAACGAAGCUGACCCCCGAGUGCACUGGAGCAUGCAGCUAUGCAAAGUGGGAAUGAAAAAUAUGCAGGCGAAGGUGCCCAACUAUCACAUUACGAUUUUGUAUGAGGCCAAUGGUCAUGGCAACGUUGUUUUCAGUAAGGAUUCGCCACUACACCGUGACAACGGAGACUGCGGGUACAGGAGGCUCAUGAUUAACGUGUCUGCCAUGUUUAACAAUCCCAUAGGAGAUGCGAUUGCAAACUCAUUGUUCAUAGAAUUGGCCCUCCGAACUCUGGAGCUUUCUUAUGAGGAUGUGUUGCAGUUUUACGAGGAGCUGCCAUACGUCAAUGUGUCCGCGCGAAUUCCUUCGGAAAAACGCUCCAUAUUCCGUACAAAACCCGACGACGACUCCGUCUUAGAGGAGCCAGCUGAGCUGAUGCGGUUGGUAACCGAAGCUGUCGCCAAGGUGCAAGGCGCACGCGCUUUCAUCAGGCCGUCAGGCACGGAAGCCCUCUGCCGCAUAUACUCCGAAGCGCCAAGCGAAGCACAGGCACGAGCGCUCGCUAACGUUAUAGUGGAACAUAUGACAUCGUUUUUGUGA